CCGACGAAUUUGCCCGGAGGGGCUACACUGGUGCCUUCGUCGGACUAGCCGGACGUCGGAAAGGGACAGCUUACGGAGAGCAGUCGCAAGGCGGAGUGAGAAGGAGUGAACGAGUGCGAGCGCGAGAGAGAUAGGUAGAAAGAAAGAGAAAGAGAGAGUGAGCGAGAAAGAGAGACCAGGCCCGAUAGAGGGAGAUCGUAUACAAGGGACGGCAGUAAGGGGUGGGGGUGACGAAAUCGUGCGGCAGGGAUCUUCGCAUGAAGGAAGGCAGACUCUGGUGGUCAAUCGGGCGCCGCGCACCGCAGCAGUGACGCGUCACUGCACCCCUGUUUUCGAGUUGCACGUGUUUCUUUCCUCUUGACCGACUGCUCUCUCACGUUCGAUUCCUCCUUCUCUCGUUUCCUUGGUCAAGCUCGCACGCGAUUUAACCGCCGCCGAACGCCGGACCAAGCGUGACGCCCGACCGGACGAAAACGAGGCGCCGUUCGUACUCCCGCACACCCCCCGGGCUUCCAACGUUUGAUGGCAAAAGGUGUCGGUCCCGCUGCCGCGGCACCACCUCCGCUCCAUUCACGUUUCCGCGAGUAUCGCCGUCGGCCGGCCCGAGGGGUCCGUGCGGCCGCAGACGCGACGUUUCGCUUGUGAACACCCGAUACAUCCGUGCGGGCCCGCCUCUGGAUCGGAGCCCCGUAGAUCGGCCGCCGGCUCUCCAGUGUGAAUCCCGUGGCGAGGCUGAGCUCGUCGCCGCUGACGGAUCCCACGCGGUUAAACUGUGCGUUCUCAGUGAUCAGUGAUCGGACACCCGCGUCCGUCGAAGAUACGCGAGCGCGGCUUCAACGCAGCUCGUCGAGAGACCACCCGGCUGGAAUCGUCGACGGAGGAUCGUCGGGCAACCGCUUGGCCGGGCGCCGAUCGUAAAGUGCUGUGAACGUCUCCGUCGCGGAGGACACGUCGCUGCGGAUUGUGCUUUUAGCUGGUGACUGGAUCCGGCCUGACCACGGCCAUUCUCGACACGCAUUGUGUUAGCGUGGCCGGAGGUGGCGGCGGAGGUGGCGGUGGCGGCGGUGGCACGGUCGCCGGCAGUCGGCUGAACCUGCACCUUCGUUCUUGCGGAGGCAGCGGUGGCGGUGCCGGCAUCGCCGGAAGUGACAGCGCUUCGGAUUACCCGCCAAGCGCUGCGGCAGCGCGGAGCCGGGAGGCGGCGGCGGCGGCGCUGCACGCGGCAAGAACGCUGUUGGGCGCGGGGGUGGCUAACCCUUGCUCACCCACCCCCGAACCGCCCUUCUGGAAGAUGCCACAUAAAGAGGAGGACUUGAUGCACGGGGGUGGUGCGGGUAUUGGAGGGGGUUCUAUGGUCGGACAGAACUCAAUAUUUGGGUGCUCGGCUGCAGGACACAGCGGGGUCAACCAGCUCGGCGGUGUUUACGUCAAUGGCCGACCAUUGCCAGACUCCACCAGGCAGAAGAUCGUCGAACUGGCCCACAGUGGCGCUAGGCCCUGCGACAUCUCGCGCAUACUGCAAGUCAGCAACGGUUGCGUCUCCAAGAUCCUCGGAAGGUACUACGAGACCGGCUCGAUCAAGCCGCGCGCAAUCGGCGGCAGCAAGCCCCGCGUCGCUACUACACCGGUGGUCAACAAGAUCGCCGACUACAAGCGGGAGUGCCCUUCGAUCUUCGCCUGGGAGAUACGCGACAGACUGCUGCAGGAGGGCGUCUGCAAUAACGACAACAUACCUAGCGUAUCGUCCAUCAACAGGGUGCUGAGGAACCUGGCCUCGCAGAAAGAGCAACAGGCGGCAGCGGUGCAAGCGCAUCAGGGUGCCGAGAGUGUCUACGAUAAGCUUCGGAUGUUCAAUGGCCAGGCUGCAGGUUGGCCACCGGCGUGGUAUUCCGCUACGCCCUCUCAUCAUCCCUUGGCCACUGGAAUUCCAACAGCGGCAACCCCUGGUUCUGGCCAGUCGCUGCUACCCGGCAGCCAACUUCAUGGUCGCGACGACUCCUUACUGAAACGCAGCGACACCGGCUCCUUGUUGUCGCAUCAGCAGGAGACGACGUCUGAUGGCAACUCGGAGCACAAUUCCUCCGGCGACGAAGAUUCGCAGGUGCGGCUGAGGUUAAAGCGGAAGCUGCAACGCAACCGGACGUCCUUCUCCAACGAACAGAUCGACAGUCUCGAGAAAGAAUUCGAGCGGACACAUUACCCGGACGUGUUUGCACGGGAGCGUCUCGCCGAGAAGAUUGGAUUGCCUGAGGCACGUAUCCAGGUGUGGUUCAGUAAUCGCAGGGCGAAGUGGCGUCGAGAGGAGAAAUUACGGAACCAAAGGAGAGCAGCCGUCGAUCAGGUAGUCGGCGGCGGCAGCAGCGGGGGUAGCGGCAGCACGGCACCCCCAGCAGCAACCCCUGCCACACCACGGUUACCCUUAAACGCCGGAUUCAACGCCAUGUACUCGUCGAUACCGCAGCCGAUCGCUACGAUGCCCGACACUUACAGCUCGAUGUCAAGCAGCUUGGGCGGGUCAAUGGGUGGAAGCUGUCUUCAGCAACGCGCCGAGGGAUAUCCAGCGUACGUGUUCCACGAGCCCCUUCACUCGUUGACGCAGUCUUACUCCCACGCACACAGCACUGCUGCGCACUCGCAACCCCAUCGCGGCAUCCCGACCUCUCAUGGUGGAACCCCCACCACGCCGGGCGGACAGCCUACAGGACCAGGUGGUGCGCCCUACCAGCCGACGACCUCGACCGCGACUGGCGUGAUAUCGGCGGGCGUCUCGGUGCCAGUCCAGAUCCCGUCUCAAACUCCAGACCUGACCGGCAACUACUGGCCGAGGCUCCAGUGAUCCCAGCUCUUCGGGUUCCCGCCUGCGAGCCUGCUCGUGGGCCAGGAGAGCCCGCCGCCACCGACAGCCACCCCUGGUGCAGUGUCCCGGCCGCUUCUCGCGUCCCUCGGCAUACCACCGCAGCCGACGCAACAUCAGCCCCCGAACACGCCGGCUACCACUCCCGUGCACACCUCCGACACCAGUGAGUGAACGAACCGAUCAAUCCUCCCCGAUCGUUCUCUUCCAGAGAUGGUCCGUGGCGCGCGCGACGCUCGAUCACCGUUCACCGCUGUCCGACGAAUCGCUGACCCCGAUCACUCGAACCGCGGAGGAUGUAUCGCGCGAAGACACCGGUGAAACUGUGGUCUGCCUGACGAGACGGGCCAAUAAACGUGAACAAACGCGUGCGACAGCUAACUUAGGCUUAGCACAAGCGAGCGGUUCGCGAGGAAAUGCGGCGACGAUUGUUUCGGAGACAUAAGACUUACGUCUUAUGAAAAGAAGGACGAGAGGACUCUGUUUUCCCAAAACAAUCGUCGUUGCGAUAUUUUCCCGCGAACUUCUGGCGUGCUUGUAGCCUUAGGGUACGUUUAUACGCGAAGCUGUGUUAUAAGGGAAUGUGUACUUUCGUUUUGAGUGGAAGGCGUUUAAGUUGAAGCGUAGAGCUAGGUUCAGUUAAUUGAUCGACGAUGCAAGCAGUUCCGCUGUAAACGUACCCUUCAGUGCAAUAGAAGAGUCCGUAUAUGCCAGACAAUUGCCAUGGUUCGCUGUUGAAUGAUUUUGUAUGUCUACUGCCUCGUCUCGUCGGACGGACUAUAGGAAAUAGAGGAUCGUAGACUCAGGACAGUGUCCUCGGUCUCCGGCGGGACUAGGUACCGAAAGUUUGCUUCAGUGAUGAUUCUAUGAGCUUUGUUUCGUUGGGAAUUCGUUUUACUCGGUAGUGGUGUUGGUUUGCAAAGCUAUCUGCAUCUGUUUUCCGAUGAGAUUUGGAGAAGUGUUAAUUUUAUUUUAAGUUCGGCCAAUGGAAUUUUUGUUACAGUUCAGUAAGUUUUAGCUAGUUCGCGGAUCGGUGGACGUUAUUUUAAAUUCAAGCAGGCCUGUCAGGUUCCGACGUUUUGUUUUGCAAUUCGAUGACGUGGAACUAAAUCACGAAUGUUUGUGCAAAUGGAUAGCGCGACACGCAGAACGGUUUUAUUCGAUCUUAACAAACUUUUUACCGUGUUAUACUUUUAACAUUAUUGUACAGUACAAUUCCAUGAAUAUUUACAGUUCUACCGUAUAAGGGAAUAGAUUAGAGCAGGAAAUCGGGUUGAAGCAAACAGUCUGGUUAUAGUUUUUGCUACAGCGUAGAACGGCAGGGUUCAAAGAUUCUGUCUAGGGACCUGUUAAACGAGCGACGCAACAGGAGCCGAAAAAAGGGUAACGAGUCUGCUUUAAUUCGAUUAAUUAGCCCGGUUGGAAGCCUGCCAAAUUUCGCCGACGACUGGCCACCGCUGACGCUUUGGUUCCUUCGGUUGCCGAGAGACGAGAACACUCGCGUUCGAAAUUCGCCGUCGAAACAACUUAAAACGAAGGAAAAAAGAACGCGUUAUCCGCCAAUGAUCCCGUGGCUUUCCGAGAUCGAACACCGGUUCUUCACGCGAGUAAUACUCUUUGCGUUCGGAUAUGGAAAAAGAAGGAAAAAAUUAUUUUUCUCGAUUAUUGCGCACACGCGAUACAUCGAGGAGAGCCGAGCGAAUCGAUGGCUCUUCUUCGGUUCGUGUUUAAUCUAGAGGUCGUAGAAGUAUACGCAUGACCCGGGUCACGCAGGGUAUAUUAUCCUUCUACUCACGACUGUUUGUACAAAUGAACGCACGAAGCCUCGUCGCACCGAAACUGAUUAUUCAACGGUCCACCGUGAUCUGGGGCGACACGGAAUAGAAAAAAUUGCAGCUUGAAAUGCGUCGUUUAACAAUUGAAAUACCACGCGAAAUUAUGUGAGUUCUACAAAAAUUAAUGGAUCGGAUGACAAUUUUUAUUGAUAUUCCUUAAAAGUAGAUUUUCGGUUAAAGCAGUGAUCGUAAAAUUCGUAUAAGUGGAAGGGGUAUAAACUAUUUCUGUGACGUUACUGUCGGCCUGAGAAUCGCAUGGAAAUUUCAGUGGGUUUUCAAGGAACGGGAGGCGGGCUCUCGCUUCGAAUAUUCUUGCGAGACUACUGUUGCUCGUACCAGGCUCGCGAGGAAGGGAACGCCAGAAUUGAUAGCUACCCUCGAGGGUGGCUUUUUUCGGAGGCCGGCCAUCACGCUCGCUCGCAGAUAUGGCGUCGGCUGACUACGCUUUUCAUAUCGAACGCUUCAUUGCUCCAAGAAAAGUGACUGUUAUCGAACUUUAUUUUACAAGACCGAACGAGGACAUUUAUGAUUUCAAGGAUCUCCAACAAAUGAUUGUUACAAUAGGAAAAUUCUGAUUAUAAAUAAAACACAGUAGCGAUUCGUUUGACGCGCGUAAAGAAGCGUUCGAAUAUAUUUCCAAGGAUGCAGAGAAACAUGGCGAUCGUAUUUUCUAAUAUGAAAUCGAGAUUGGAAGUUCAUUCUUCCAAUAAGAAAUUUAACUUGGUAUGAAAACAAUUGUUUUUACUAUAAAAUUUGAACGAAAUUCAGAAGUUCCCUACGCAUAUCACGGUGGACCGUCGCGGUAACCAAUAAUAUUUUAAACAGAUCAUAUUCAAUACUCUCGCUAGAUUCGUUCGAGCUGACUUACCGCAAUUCCGUUGAAGGUUGGCAUCCUUCCUUGCAGACUUCGCAAAGAAUUCAAGAGUACCGUAACUUAUGCCUCUUCCGUGUAUGUGCAACGCCCCUCAAUAACCUCUUUUGUCGCUAGAACCAUGUGUCCGGCAGUUGCUAGGAGCUUUAACCUAGAAUCAAUCCGUAUCAUUAAGACGUUUUGUGUUUCGAUGGGAAGUACUUUUCCUGACCUUGUGUUCAGAACGCGACGAGCAUCGACUGGAUUCGUAUACCGAAUUCCGAGUACUUGAGUACAGAAUACCGAGUAUUCGAAUAUCAGCUACUCGAGCACCAAGUGUUAAGUGCUUCAAUACCGACUAACGAGAAGAUCGUCAAACACUGGAUAAAAAACGUGUCUCGGUUAUUAUCGCGCCCGAGUCAUCGAAGGUGAUAACGAGUAACCAAAUAUAUGCAUUUAAGCACCAAGUACUUGAGUACCGAGUACUCGAAUACCGAAUACCGACCAGACACUCGCACACACUGUACAUUUUCUCCGAUACACGCGGGACGAUUCGUUACACCCCUUGGUCCAAAUGAACGCGAUUCUAGAUUAAGACAAUCCAAUCUGUAGCUGGUAACCAGGAUUACUGCGUCGAUUGCUGUGUUAACGUUCCGAAACGACUCGAACGGAGGAUGUUCGUAGCAGUAAUAUCAAACCAAAAAGGACGUCUGAAUAGGCGAGAAGGCAUUUCAUGGUUCACGGUGAUUGUCUGGAAUCCAAUAGCUUCGUCUCUCGCAAGCCUAUCGUCGUGUUUCCGACGCUCGCGACGGGCUGUCUUCCAUUUUACCUCCACCCCGUCAACGAUGGCCCGUCGCUCGCGACCGAAACACCGAUUUUCUGUAUAAAGACGAUUGUAAAAUAGCAUUUGUUACUCUUCCUAGUCUGUAAUGUACAUUAGGAAGGAUCGUCGAUACAUUCUGUAUAUACGUAUAGGUAAGAGAAACGGUGUACCGUUCGAACGUACCAUUUCAUAGAGAUCGUACACUCGCACACACCACUCACACUCGCACACGUACAGUGAGCGUCACUCCAUACGCUGCAUCUUAAUACUCGCGGAACUUUUGUUUCAAAAUUGCUUUCGUCACGCAGUUGAGAUUAAAAUAAAAUAAUUUGCGAACAAGCCUGUUGGGAUAUUUUUUCUUUGAUAUACGACGAUUGCAGAUUGUAUGGUUCAUUUGUAAAAAGAUAAGGGAUAUUCAAAUAACGCACCAAAGUCGUCGGUAGGAAUCUUGCGUGUCUAAUUACGAAUGGAAGUAAAAUACAAGCAAUAAAAGAGUUUAAUUUACAUUUUAAUAUUUUAUUGGAUGACAAUGAAUAUUUUCGGCGGUUUGUAUAGAUGUAUCUAACGAAAUUAACAUAAAUUAAAUUCAAAGUAUUCCCUGGAAAUUGAUCUUUUACAAAUAGAACUUUGUUUUAUAGAACCGUUCGGAAUCCUUGCACAUUUAAAUAAAAGAAAGACGCGUCGCCGCAUCCGCGUACAAGUCGUUUUAAUCUUAACCACGUAAUCAAACCAAUUUUCAAAGAAAAACCUUAUGACUAUUAAGGUGUACGGUUGUAAAUGACGCGCGCACACAUACACAGCUCUUUUGCCUCUAUAUUCGGUGUUCUCCCUCGAACCGGAAGCGAACCGCAGGUUUUACUGUCGGCGAACAAGAGCGCAGCAAAAUGUCACUGUUCCCGCUGUCGCGUCGUUACCACGCGACCUGAGCCUACAUUUAUUCGCUCAUUGUUUCCCGGAAGUCGCUGCAGAACCGAACGUAUACGUUUCACGCUUCAACGGCAACGUCUUGGAAUGGUGAUCGUAACGAGGAACGCGGUGAACAACGAAAAAUCGUGACCGGCGAACCUGGGGACCGGUUCAUCCUCCGGUUGACGCGACAUCUUCGUCAAUUUUUCAACGCGAAGCGUCGUAUAAUUAGGUAAAUACGAUUCCCGUUUCAUCUUUCGUGACCGCGGAGUUUCGUCGGAUGGAAAUUCGUUUCUCAGAGAACGAAUCGAGACCCGCGGGACCAGUUCCCACGGAAAAGUGAAUUUCCGGUGGCCGAAGUACGCACGGAGCGUUCCGAAAGUGGGAAAAUUACGGUACAGGGUAAUUUGAUAUAUAUGCACUACCUCAGACAAGGCUUUUUACGCGAUAUAAAAUUUGUAAUUAAUCGCGUUAGCGGCAAAGGGAAGGGAAAAACGGGAGUGUGGGCCACCGCCGUCGCCGCGACGGUGACGGUGACCGGCGCACGCGCGACAAACUCGUGGUUUUCGUACGAUUGACGUAAGUACACAGCCACUGUUCAUAAUUAUUCGAAACUUUGCGCGCCAGCAACACACAGUAAUUAUAUUUUCGGCGUGAAACAGGUUUAUUAACUUUCAACCCCUCGUCCGCGUCGCAAUUUUUGUCCAUGAAGCACUCUUCGGCGUUACGUCUCGAAUAAUAGCGGCGCUUAUUUAAACGAAAAAGAAACAUAUAUAAAUCAAGCUUGUCGUUUGAUCGGAUAAGGUAAAUCGAGGAGAAAAAGAAACGGAACUUAUCAUUGAUCGAGACCUCGCGUUUGGUUGAGAUAUUUAUUUUAUCGAAAGAGUGCGCAUAGUUAUCAAACUUAUUUCCAAUCAUUUUGGUGCGAUGCGAUCUGUCAUGAGCUUUCAAACCUUUGAGAAUGAUUUAGAAAAAAAAGGUAUGUACCUGUGUAGCAAACUCUGGUAAUAUUAUUCCAUCUGUUUCGCUGGAGCUAAACAUCCAUCGAAUACAAGCAUUUAUUCGGUAUUGUUUGAGAUAAAAUAUACAAAAAUAAUUAUUGGCUUUUUAUAUCGAGAUUGACCCGCUGUUAUACAGAAAUUUCAAAAAAUGUUUCGCGGCAACUUCGCGCUUCUCUUGCUCCCCAGUUUUUCUCUUCACUUUGUCAGCUCGCUAGUCGAUUAAACUUCGUCGCUGGUACCUGAUACGGGAAAACGGUGUUCAAUCAGUGACUCCAACGAUACUCGGCCAUCGUCGCUGUUCUCCCUGUCUUCGACCAUUCCAGGACUCUUGCUGCCGACCACAUUCGUUUACCCCCGCGAUUAAAUACGCCACCAGCAUUCCCACGCAUGUGUAAUAAUAAAUGUAACAAGCAGAGCCAAUUGUUUUGUGGAUUUCGCGAUCCGAUCUCCGCGGACGGCUAAAAAUUUUCGCGGAACGUGAACCGAUUGCAUACCGCUGGGGACGAUUCGAAUGUAACGGUUGAUUCGGGAACACAUUAUCUUUCUUGUGGUCUUCAAUCGUGGCUAAUGUAACAAUUGAAACCGAGCUGAUUACCUAACUCGCAAUCGAAUCGAAAGUCGCAUUUUAAUCGUUUGUCCGAAUACUGAAUCGGAUCAUGUUUUUGCCGAACUUUGCCAGAGGACUUCCGGCCGAGUCCGUUGAGAACAUUGCGCGAAAUCAGCCGUAGGUGAGACCGAGCUAUAACGAUUUAUCGGCAAUUGAUAGGGUUAAUUCGCGUAAUCGUGUCGGUACGAGACACGAACGAGGACGAGACGCGUUUCGCCAAGUGUACAGAACGGUGCCGUGGGAAGACAGCGUUCCGCGAAUACUGGCAACCGGCGACUUAGGUGUACAAAAAAAAUCCGUAUUAAACAUUUUCUACGCGAGGAACGCACGCAUAAUGCACACACACGUACACGAUGAACGGGGGACUGUACAUUAGUAAAUUUAUAUUUUUGGAAGAAAACCGAAACAAAGUAGCCGCGAUAGAGAAGUGGAAUCUCCAGCGGAAGAGCACACACGUUGGGCGUCUCAACCGUUCGAGAACCGACGAUUUCAAAAUACACUUCGUUUUCGAUCCGUAUGUACCACUUCCUCGUUGACAUCCUAAUCGAGAACCAAAGGUCCAGGAGCUUUGCUUCGAUAUUCAGUUCCUAUUGUUCCGCCUACAGGAAAAUCACGUUGGGUUUCGUUUUAUCCUCUUUCUCUCGCAGCUUGUGCGACUCGCUGUUCUUUCUUUCUUUUUUUCCGUUUCCUUUGCAAGUACGAGCGAGUACUUAAUAAGUUACCGUUAUAGUGGAUCGGACGCUCAGGAUGUAAGACUGCGCCCCGAGAGGAUAUCGGAAAGCGGAGGAAAGGUAUCCGGUGAAGAAUACUCUUCGUUUGAAAGGAAACAUGAAAUCAGAGGUGUUGUAAAACGUAUAUACCGACGCUUCAAAAGGAGACGUUAAUAAGUUUCAUUCUGUUGGCAGUAUUAAAACUUGAUAUUAUUCGACCAUACAACUGUACAAAUAAAUAUUGUUAAUGGAUAGUCUAGGUUGCAUCGAAACGAUCCCUCGCGUCCGCAACAUCGUUUGUAGAUCGACCUGUGACGCGGAAGUGGUUACGCAGUUUUCUUAUUAUCUGUAAUGAUAAUUAUUAAUAACGAGUAUAGUGUAUGAGUAUUAAUAAAUUUAUUAACGAGAAUAAUAUAUUAUUGCGACAGUAAUCUACGUAAGUGUUGUGAAUAAUGGAGAUAAUAUUGUUGCUGUGAUUACCUUUAAGAUUGUAAGUAGUAGGAUAUAGAACCACUGUUAGGUGUCACUGUCUCGAUUCAAUAAAUGUUAAUUCAUUUUAAUGACAACGCAAGUCGUCUGGCGUCCGUUUCUUGCAUUUCAAUUUCCCUGCCCAUUUAUUCCUGGCUACACAUCAUUCCACAGAAAAUAAAUUGAUCAACUUCGUAAAAGGAAAGUAAUUAAGAAAAAUUAUCGAUUUGAUCAGUUUGCCAUCUGAGAAACUUCUACCUUGAACUGUGAGUUCGUUAUCAAACAUAAAUAACUGUUUUGUAUUUUUCUCUUAGAUAGUAUUUUAUUUCUCAUAAAACAAAUAGUCUUUGGAACAAUUAUACUGUAGGUAUUAUUAACUAACCAAAAUUGGCUUCAUAUAAAACAUACAAAAAUUCUUAUAAAAUUACAUACUUAAUCUAAACCCUAAUGAUUUACAUCGUAUCUUAAUGUGCGCUAAUAAACAUUACAUUUAAAAAGAUAUAAGAUUUAAAAAUUAUAUAAUAAUGCCGUUGAAAAACAAAAAUACGAUUAAAAUGUGGAUAAUUCACUGUCGCUGUUUUAUAACCCAAUACGAGUGACGACAUAGUACCUUAUCAAUGAAUUACUGGAACAGGGUUUUGGUACAUCUAAUAAAGUUUAUUUGUAGCUUUAUUGGUAAUUAAAAAAUAUCAACUUAUAUAACUACUCAGUCGAAGUUGGUUCAUCACGUUCACAAAGUGACAUAGCUCCUAUGAGAAAGGGAUUCAGCGCUCGACAUACCUAAUGUGAUUUGUCUAUAGAGUCCAUAUAAUGCCAAUAUUACCCACACCGAGAUUAACGUAAUAUCUGAAAAUAUAAUGUUAUUUUUAAAAAACUGAAUUCUGUUGAAUAUUCAUUAUUAAUGUAGGAUGACGUUAUAUGUAUUAAUGUAGGAAGACUAUACCGAUUGCCUGAAUAGGAUGUGAAACAAUAGCGUUAUUGAAACCCUCAACGGUCGCCCUCCUUAUCACAUUUAUAAUCAUAUAUUUUAGGCAAGAACCAAAAUAAUAAUCCAGCGGUAACACCAUCAUGAAGGUUGAAUAUAUGGUACAAGUUAUCAUACUGGUAAAAUUACUGAACAUCAACGUGAGAACCGAAGUGAUAACUACCAAGGUUACGAACAGCAACCAAAAAGCUUCAUUGUUGUGAAUAGAUGCAAGAGAAUCUGGAAAAGAAAACGGCGUCGGAAUACGGCGUAAUUAAAAUGUUUUUCUCAUUCUUUCGCACAUCACCGUAAUCUGGUAUUAUAAACAUUCAAAGACAAUGGCAAGAUUGGAAAUCCCAAUAUUCCGUAAACAAAAUUUUCGCUUUGUCAGCGUUAAAUUUGAGUUUGAAACAAAUUUUCAAUUACUGUACAGUGAUGCUUUAAUUUUCUUAAUUAAUGUGUAUUCAUCAUAUUUAAAAAAAAUGAAGCUGUACUGUUGCAUUCAACGCAUAUACAAAAAAGAAAGAUAAAUACAACAAAUGGCUCCUGUGCAAGUAAAUAAGGUAUUCCGUUUUUAUGAAACCCCCGUUUCUAGCUGAAGCGACAGUCGAAGUCUAGCUGUACGAACCCCGAAUACGCACAUAUAUCGCGUGAAAGACAAUGCAACGAGAACUAUCCAGAGGGUGGUGACCAGGCUAAUAGCCUAUUCUACGUGGAAUAGAUCGGACCAACGCAGUUGCCGAAUCACAGGCUGUGCAAUCUAAAUAAGUCCCAGCGCAAAAUAAAUACGGGGUCGCAAUUAGGUAAAUGCGAAUCUUUCGAGCUGGUUAGAAUCGGUUCGUGGGAGUCGAGGGGUGGGUUUUUUGUGCGCUGGUUGUCUGCACGCGACGAAUAUCUCGCGCUCGCGCGCGCGCGUACACGCGCAAACGUGUGCGUGCGUGUGUGCAAGGGUGGCCGUGUAGGGUGGUUGCCACGUUAUGGUGAGAAAGGUAGGAGGCAACGCGAAUGCCCAGCGCCGCUGCAUGGGGGGAUUUGGCAGCCGAAGUUUCCACAUGAGCGAGCAACAUUGAUAAAAGCUACGGGGGGACCCUCCGACUGUGCUUCAUCCCUUCGCUAAACUCGAACCAACUUCGGUUCGGUUUGGUUCGAGGUGGCGGGCUGUCUCUCUCGCUAGCCGACUCUCCCUUUUAUUCCGUUCCUCUUCGCUUUAAGCCGGCUUUCAUUAUUUUCCUAUAAUUUGCUACAAUCCCUGGCUGACCCCUCUCGCGUGCCGGGAGACGCCUUAAUUCUGAACACGUUUAUGAACGUUUCGCGUGUCUCCCCCGUUUGUCCCUUACCUGGCGCCAUGAAGUAGGUGACACAAGCGACGAAGAAUCCCAAGCUGAUGUUAAACAGAAUUUUGUUGAUGAAUUGGUGAAAGAAGUCGGUUAUUCCCCAGAUGAUCACGACGGCAAGCCCACAUAGCAGGGCCCAACCGAUAUUCACUGGAACCAACGAAGUGACAUGAUUCCGUAUUAGUCUCUGGAUUAUUUCGUCUCGUGCAAAGUAACCAUGUAGCAGUUAGUAUAUUUGAAAUCGACUUGCAUCAGAAUAUGAGAGUAAUAUUACGCGACAAAAGAUAAUUGAGUUCCUUCUUUACUUCUAACAUCGUUUCAGUAAUUAAACUAGCGAAGAAAUAUAUUCAGUGUACAUGGUUAAUUGUAAAUACACUUACGUAUGAAAAUGUAAGUGACCGCGGUUCCGACGAAUAACACAGGUACACCCUGGUCGAUAUUGGGACAACGGGGUCCUAAUAGCAAAGAUAGG